UCUCUCUCUCUCUCUCUCUCUCCCUCCCCCUUUCGUCUCUCCUUCUCUGGUUUGCUUCCCCCUCGCAGUCAUCUUUUUCGCGGCCUCCUCUCCUUUUUUUCUUCCCGCUCACUCCCCUUUUACGGUUAUCUUGGACUCUGCUCAGCGCCCCGUAUCAAAGCGGAGCGGGGUUCGGCGGUUUGCCGAUGUGAGGCCGCGGGAGCGGCGGUCACUUCGCUGCGGAUGGCGACGGCAGCGGCCACUUCUGGCGCGGGAGGCGGCGGCGGCGGCGCUGUCGCCGCUGCUGCUGCUGGCGGGCGAAGUUUCUCCUUCAAGGUGGUCCUGCUCGGGGAAGGCUGCGUGGGAAAGACUUCUCUGGUACUCCGUUACUGUGAGAACAAGUUCAAUGACAAACAUAUCACCACUCUGCAGGCAUCUUUUCUAACCAAGAAGCUAAAUAUUGGAGGAAAGAGAGUAAACCUUGCAAUAUGGGACACAGCUGGACAAGAAAGGUUUCAUGCACUAGGUCCUAUUUAUUACAGAGACUCUAAUGGAGCUAUUUUAGUUUAUGAUAUAACAGAUGAAGAUUCUUUUCAAAAGGUAAAAAACUGGGUAAAGGAAUUAAGAAAAAUGUUGGGAAAUGAAAUUUGCCUAUGCAUAGUUGGUAACAAGAUAGAUUUGGAGAAGGAAAGACAUGUGUCUAUUCAAGAAGCAGAAUCAUAUGCAGAAUCAGUGGGAGCAAAACACUAUCACACAUCUGCCAAACAGAACAAAGGAAUAGAAGAACUCUUUCUUGAUCUGUGUAAACGAAUGAUAGAAACUGUGCAAGUUGAUGAGAGAGCACGAGGCAAUGGUUCUAGUCAAUCAGGAGUUGCAAGGCGGGGAGUACAAAUAAUUGAUGAUGAGCCAGCAGCUCAGAGUAGUGGAGGUUGCUGCUCCUCUGGAUAAUUGUACAAGAGACUGUGCUUCUUGCCCUUUAGUGAAGACUGCCACAUUCAGAGUCUCAUUCUUUAUCAGUGGGGAAUUGGAAUUAACAGUAUUUAAAAUCACUUGUAACAAUUCAAUUCAAUACCAUUAAGUGCUAAACUAGCAGAGCCAGAGAAUUGGCAUUUUCUACAAUGAUUAACAAAGCAAACCAAUGGCCUUUUUACAUAUUUCUUUAAUAAUGAAUAAUAUUGCAUGUGAGAAAGACUUAUGGCUUCAUUUAUAUUUUAAAUGAGAUCAUUAUUUAAUAACUUAUACACCUUAUUGGAAUUAGACAUUUUUUGCAGCCCUUUGUAUUUUGUGGUAGAUCAAGUUGUAUUUCUUCACAAUUGCAAAUCCAUUUCUUUUUAAUUAGCAGAUACCUGGAUACUAUUUUUGCAGGGGUACCAUUGAUAUAUAACUGCUUGACUACUUUGAUAUAUUCAUCCUGUACUCCAUGCUGGUAAAAUAAAUGGUAAAUCACACAUUAAAUAUUUUAUCUGCUUUUAUAAAUGCAGGUGCAGAAAUAUGUACACAAGUCUUGUCAGUAAUUGUGAGGUGAAAAAAUGGUGGAAAGAUACAAGUUCUAUUACUUACUGCUGACUUUCUCUUUGUUAGAUUAUGAUAAUUAUUUUUUGUUGGUCUAAACUUUACAUACGUUUCUGAAUAUUUUUCUAGCAAUUAUUGAUCUAUAACACUCUUAAGUCCCAAAAAAUCUAGUUGGAAUGUUGUGAACUGUUACGUUUAUUUUUAUUAAUACAGUUUGAAAUGGAUAAAUACUGCUUAUAACACACAGAAAUUAUAACUGUGAAUUGGCCUUUUCUAUUUGAUCAUCUCUAAGAAAGACCUGCUCAUAAAACUUCAUUUGUCUUUAUAGUCUUGCUUCCAUUUAUAUAUAGUGUUAAAAACGGAAAUUAAAAUAAUUUAGCUGCAACACAUAAAAAUCCAUUAAAAAUGGAUAGGAAUUAUUAAACUUCAAUCAGCUUUGUUUAAAUCCACCUUUUGAGAGCUUCUAAUUAUCAAGUAUGUCUAAGGUAUUUUCCAAAAAAAACAAAUACAGAUAACAUACUUGAAAGUGUUUUUGUUUCAAAAUUAUAUUACAUAAAAUAUGAUAUUGUUGAAUUCCUAAAGGAAAUUCCACAUGGUUAUAUAAUAAAUGAGAGUAUUUUAGCAUGGAAUAUACAUGAUUUUGCUUUUAGAAUUUUAUUGUUUGAUUCUAACUUCACUUCAGAUGGCUUGAAUUUUCAGUACUAUGAUGAAUAUAAUGAACAUGCAAGCUCAAACACAGAACACUGCAAAUUGGAUACACAUCCCAUAAGGGUCACCUUCCAGAUACUGACACAGAACCUUUGAGAGUGGCGUUUUAGAAGACUGCAUGCAUUUAUAAUACUAUUAAAGUUGAUGUAUGAAAAUCAGUGGAAGUUAACAGGAGGAAAUUAACUGUCACACAUGGCCAUAAACUGGGUAAUAUAUACGUUAUACUCUACCUUAACCCCGAUUGAAACUGUAAAUUAAAUGAUUUGUUAAAAUACAUAUGUUCAAGUAGCUUGGUUACUGUGACUUCUAUCAUGUGCUGCUGUAAGCUACCCUAUAUUCAUUAAAUAUUCAUAUUUAGUAUCUUU